UGGAGUUUUCAGGAGAAUGAGUGAGUGUAUCAUAGACUUUUUUUUUUUUCUUCCUUUCUCGGAAAAAAUUGAUCUUAUUUUAUUUUUCUGCUUCCUUGCCCGAUUCCGAACUGUUGUGGUGGACCGCGCAAAGUGGUCUUAAGGUAGUCCGAUGCGGAUUUAACGGAGCAACCUUCCAUAGAUCGGGGAUUAUAAAUCGCCGACGUCAGCAACGGCAAAGAUAACGCCGCGCUAGAAAACAGCUAGCCCCCAAAUACCAGCCGACCGUCUUCUUUUACCAAAAUUUGUUGACGAAGUUGUUCUUUCUCAAAAUAUACCAUCCAUGUCGCCAUUCAAUCCAUAGAAUAAUACCUUCCUGGGGUUUCUUUUUUUUCUUAAUACCGCUCGCCUUAACCCAAGGCAGCCAUGCUUCGACACAAUCUGGCGCGCCUGAGCUCCGGCGCACCAAAUAGAAGAUUGGCCACCGUGACCACCGUUACCACCGCCAGAAUACCGAGAUACCUGGCCUGUGCAUCCCUCACACGACCGACACGCAAACUCCCCACGGCACCUUCACCUUGCAUCCGAACGCUCCAAACACAGCAUACACCCUCCGACUUCCGCCCCGCAGUACCGCCGUCCCCCUCCUCCCUCGGCGGGCCCCGAAAGGCUCGCACAUAUACGCGCAGCCGAAGAUGGGCGCGCCGACUCCUCAUCGCCAGCGCCGUGCUGGGCGCCCUCUACGCGAUCGACAGCCAGGUGUACGCCUCGGGCAUGGGCCGGUCUCUACGCACAUUUGGCACAGGCCUGCUGGUCGCGCUUGACUACAAGCUCAACUUUCGCCCGGAGCCACUGCCGCUGAUCGGCUCCUCUGGCACCAUCGAGGACCUGCACCGUCGCAACGCCGAGCGGCUGUUUGAGUUGCUGCGCAGGAACGGCGGCCUGUACCUCAAGAUUGGCCAGGCCAUCGCCAUGCAGAGCGCAGUGCUGCCGCCCGAGUUUCAGCGCAUGUUUGCACGCAUGUUUGACGAUGCCCCCUCGGUGCCUUGGGAAGAGGUCGAGAGGGUAAUCAGGGAGGACUUUGGCGGGAAGUCGGUGCAGGAGGUGUUUGGGGUGAGCUUCGCGGGCGAGGACGGUCGUGGCGUCAUGGAGAGGUCGGCCAGGGCAAGUGCCAGCGUUGCGCAGGUGCACUGGGCGAGGUUACCGGACGGCACCGAGGUUGCUGUCAAGAUCCAGAAGCCAGAGAUUGCCAAGCAGAUAGGGUGGGAUCUGUGGUCUUUCAAGGUUGUUACUAAGAUUUACUCAUGGUGGUUCGAGCUCCCACUCUACAGCAUGGUUCCCUUCAUCACAGAGCGUCUGGAACUGGAAACGGACUUUAUCAACGAGGCCAAAAACUCAGACACAAUGCGUGACCUCAUCGCAGAUGAGCCUUAUCUACGUGGACGUGUCUACAUCCCCAAGGUCUACUCAGAACUCAGCAGCAAGCGUGUCCUAGUCACAGAGUGGAUAGAGGGAGUCAGGCUAUGGGACCGCGAGGCAAUGACCAGGCCCUGGUACGGCGGCUACGGCAAGGGUUCAGUGGGCGUGCACGGGACCCCGCUACCAUCCCCAGACAUGGCUGCGGUGCGGGCGGAGCUGCGUCGAAACCCGGAGAGCUCGAACCUCAAGCCAGAGCGUGACGAAUGGCGAGGCCGAAACGGCAAGGGAGGGCUGGGCCUCAGCAAGAAGGAUGUCAUGACGACCAUUGUGGACCUUUUUAGCGCGCAGAUCUUCAAGUUCGGCGUGGUCCACUGCGACCCGCACCCGGGCAACAUCUUCAUUCGCCGGCUGCCGGGCGGGCGGGCGGAGCUGGUGCUCAUCGACCAUGGGCUAUAUGUCUACUUGACGCCCAAGUUCCGACGCGAGUACUCGGAGUUCUGGAAAGCGCUCAUGACCUUUGACAACAAGACCAUCUCGAGGGUUUGCGACCAGUGGGGCAUCAAGGGGGCGGACCUAUUUGCGAGCGCGACGCUGAUGCGGCCGUACGAGGGCGGCGACGGCCACUACCGGCGGCAGUUGCUUGGCAUGGACCUACCCGAGGGCAUGACGCCUAAAGAGCGGCGGUUCGAGCUGCAGAAGCGGUCCAAGCAGGCGGUGCGCGAGAUGCUGGCCGACGAGAACAAGUGGCCCAAGGAGCUCAUCUUCAUCGGGCGCAACAUGCGCAUCGUCCAGGGCAACAACCAGCACAUGGGCUCCCCCGUCAACCGCGUCAAGAUGAUGGGCGAGUGGGCGAGCAGGAGCAUGUUUGAGGAUAAGGAUCGGCCGUUCCGGGAACGUAUGGCCAACAUGUGGCGGCACGCGCUGUUCAAGACGGUCCUGACGGCCAGCGACGUGGUAUUCUACUUUUUCAAGCUCCGACAGUUCCUGGGGCUCGGCGGCGGCAUGGAAGACGAGGUCGAGGCGAGGAUGAGGCAGAUGGCGGGGGAUUUCGGGGUAGAGUUACAGCAUGAUGUGUUUGCUGGGUGAGACAAAGCUGGCUUGGUUUUGGCCACUUUGGGAGGCGGAGGAUAUGAUUUCUAUUACUUGCAAAGGGCUCCGAAAGCCGUUCUGUACAACAUCAUGGCAUGAUACCGCAUAUACCUGUUAGAAGGGACGCAGCAUAGACCGCGAUUCUGUGGCUGGUUUUUUAUUAUCUCGGUGUAAGGAGUUUUUGUGUAGACAACCAAAAAUAUUCAC